AACCAUCACAAGUUGAGUGCCUCCGUCGUCCGUGGCGAAACGUCUUUUUUUAGGUUUUAUCAGAAAAUUAUUUGGUAUUUUGUUAUUCGGAACUUUUUAGCAUUAAAAUAAUCAUUCCAUUGCGCGAGAAACUGUGCCCAAUAAGACAGUAGUGAUUGCCUAAUGUUCUACUCCCAGAAAAUACGAAAAUCGCAUCUUGUGCUCAAACCAUGCUAAAUCGCAGUAUUGAAUAAGAGGAAAUUUUCGAUGCAGUUUCUUUUGGCUGUCGUUCCGCUUCUUUCAUAUAACUUUUCUAUUGGAUCGCGGGUUAUUUAUCAGCCAGACAGGAAGAGUGGUACGAUAUUCGCGUAGUAGGAAAAGAAAACUGAAACAAUUAAGUGAAAAGUGCAGUGAUAUUGAUUAGAUUUUUAUCUUCGAUCCAACUUUGACCGCGGUAAAGCCCCGUCGGAUGUAUUGAUCACAAUGUCAAAAAAUAAAAUAGCGAGUUCCAAACUCGAAAGUGAUCACAUUGAGAUAAAGUCCAAGUUUGAUGCCGAAUUCCGACGGUGGUCCCUGAAACGGUCUGAGCAGCACAAUUUCGAAGCAUUCCAAUCGCUAAUUGAAAGAUUGCACAAACUGGAUCGCUCCCAACUACUGGUGUCCUACAUUGAUCCGCGAGAUAAUGACUUGCUGCCGAUUAACAAUGACGACAACUUCGGCCGAGCGCUGACCACUGCACGACCGCUGCUUCGCGUUAUUAUCCAGCGGAAAGGAGACAGCAUAGAAGAAAUCACCGGAUAUGGAACCAUUAGGCCACGAAAUCUCAUAAGUAGCAUCCUUGGACAAACACCUGUAAAAUCUAAAAGUCUAGCUAUUUCGAAUCCUCAUGACUUCCGACAAGUAUCUGCAAUUAUUGAUGUUGAUAUUGUGCCAGAAACCUGUAGAAGAGUUCGUUUACUAAAGCAUGGCAGUGAUAAGCCGCUUGGUUUCUACAUCCGCGAUGGCACAUCAGUCCGUGUAACAGCAAAUGGUCUGGAAAAACAGCCCGGUAUAUUUAUCUCCCGUUUGGUGCCUGGUGGUCUGGCGGAAAGCACCGGUUUGCUGGCAGUAAAUGACGAAGUCCUUGAGGUGAACGGCAUUGAAGUAAAUGGCAAAACGUUGGAUCAGGUCACCGACAUGAUGGUGGCCAAUAGCUCAAACCUGAUCAUCACGGUGAAACCUGCUAACCAAAGAACGUUGGCUCCUCCGAGACGUGGUUCCUUCUCACGCAACAGUCAGCUAUCCGGAGGUUCGCACCAAUCACACCACACAACGGGUUCGGAGGAGAACGACCAGGACGAUCAGGACGAAAUACGAGAUCUUACCGGUGCCGCCACUCUUGAAGAAAAUGCGUUGAUCACACAAAAAGAUGGGGUGCUUCAUUUGUGAGCUCAGCAACAGUGAUCAGAUAACUUAAUUUCAACCAGCACCACAAUUUACCUUCUAGAGAUGCCUUCCCACAACAGCCUCCACGUAAAAUGUAUAAACAGCACACUAUUGUGCGUCAAUCGUGACUCAACUAUUUAGAUGUCUUUUUAGACUAUUUGUGUACCAACUUAUAGAUAACUGCUAACAGUAUUGCGUAGACCAUUCCGUUCGUUUUAUAUUGUCUGCAUUUAGAUUAUGAGAUAAAAGUUUAUAUUAUCUGUUAAAAAAUACAGUAUAUGCAUUUGGGAAAAAUCAGACCCAGGAAUUA